GUCCAGCCCCUCUCCCCUCAGGGCUCUGCGAGGCAGGGGGAUUAUGAUUUUAAUCAGAGGCUGUAUGGGAAUUGCUUGUGUAUAGAUUGCAGGCACAGGGCACGUCCCCAGCAGUGGGGAGCCCCUGGCCCUGCAGGCUCCCGAGCAAUCCCGGGUCUGGGUGAGCAGGGAUUAGUGGGGGCACGGGUGGGUGUGCGCCCGCCUCAUCUGCUGCCAGUGCUUUGACCCUCGAGUGGGUUUUUUCAGCUAAUCCUCUUGUGUCUCCUCUGUGCUGAUUUCUUGCACCUCCAACCCCACUGUGUGGGUGGCUCUGGGUGCCCACGGCCUGAGGUUCUUCCCAUGACUUGGCCCUGUGGGUACUGCCCCCACUGGGACCCCCCAGACCCAGGGUGUGCUGGGGCUCAGUGGCUCCUUCCGCCUCCCCAUCACCCUGAUGAGGCAGCACCUGCUGUCCCCACACACUGCCACUGUCUCCCACGAGAACCCCUGGGUGCAGCGGGCAGCACAGGAAGGUCUGUCCACCCCGAUGGCUGUGGCUUCCCCUCCUAAUGCCUUAAUCCGGCCCUGAUCCGCGGUGCCCCUGGGGCCGGUCCCGCUGACCUUGCAGGUGCAGGAACCCGGUGGGCACCGGGGGCACAGGCUGUCACCGCCGCCCACCAUGGCCUCCUUCUUCACGGCUGCCCUGAAGAGCUUCCAGGGGGGCAAAGAGGAGCUGCCCAAGGGCUCCCCGAGGGACGACAAGGCAGCCGCGCUGCCCAACGGGAUGGCCCGCGAGGAGUUUGAGGAGUACCAGCGGCAGCUGCUGGAGGAGAAGAUCGAGCGGGACAAGGCGUUUGCGCAGAGGAAGGCAGAGCGGGCCACUGUGCGGAUGCACCUGCGGGACAAGUACCACCUGACCCAGGACGAGAGGGACGAAGCGCAGAUGCACGUGGCCGGCGGGGCGGUGGAGCUGCCGCAGGAAUUGGCCGCGAUGGUGCGCGGCGAGGAGGAGGAGGAGGAGGAGGAAGGCGGCGCCGGGGCCUUCGCCUUCCUGGCGAAGCUGCGGGAGGUGGAACUGCCGGCGCUGCGGGACCGCGCUCUGGGCGGCGUGGACCAGGUGAAGGAGAAGUGCUCCCUGAUGUAGCAUCGCUGCCCACCCUGUGCUGGGUGAUGUGGACCAGGUGAAGGAGAAGUGCUCCCUGAUGUAGCAUCGCUGCCCACCCUGCGCUGGGUGACACCGGCAGCCCCUGCCCCCCUCUGCUCCCCGGGAGCCACGGAGUGCUGAGGCUGUGGCUGCUGUUUCCUGGUAGGGGGGUCCCAAUACAGGUGCUGGGUGUUUUCCUCCCCAAAACCAUUCCCAGUUGCUUUCCCAGUGUGCUGGGUGGCUGCUGGGGUGCAGGAUGCCUGGGUCCCCUGAAACCACGAUGACCAAGCCCCUCCCGUGGUGCCCCUGGUGUGAGCCCCUAGACGGGGCAGGUCCCUGACGCUCUGUCACCCCCAGCACCAGCCCUGGUGCCUUGCACACCAUUCAGCUCAAUAAAUGUGGUAUUUUCUGGCA